AUGCCUUUCGGUUCCAAGAAGGACGUAGUAAAGGCCAAGGCCAAGCCCAACCCGAUCCAUGAGCUCCGCAACAACACCGCCGAGUGGUGGUACAAGGACCCCGGCAUGCGCGCCCUCGCCUUGCCCAUCUUCCUUGGCUUCUGCUCCUCCAUCCAAAGUGGAUACGAUGCCACCGUCAUUGCUGGUCUUCAAGCCAACAUCGGUUUCUGGAUGGCUCUCGGUGUGCCCAGCUCGAUUGUGAUUGGUGCCAUCGUCGCUGGCCAGCCGAUCGGCUCCCUCCCUGGUCUCAUUCCCGCCGCCAUUGCCACGGACAAAUUGGGCCGCAAGAAGACUCAGUUUAUCGGUUACGUUUUCCUCGUUGGUUCGGCUUUCUUCCUCGCAUGGGCCAAGGGUGCUUGGUUGAUGUUUGGUGCCCGCGUCUUCCACGGUUUUUGGUCUGGCGUCACCUCUGUCUCUUCCGGCCCAUACACCACCGAGAUUGCCCACCCUCGCAACCGUGCCGUCGUCACCGCCCUCAUCCAGACCUGCUGGUUCACAGGCGCCGUCCUCUCCGCUUGGGUCUGCUUUGGUUGUCUUCACAUCGACAGUGACUGGAGCUGGCGUCUCCCCCUACUCCUCCAGAUGGUUGUUCCCGUCAUCGCUCUCUGCAUCAUUCCCUUCGUGCCCGAGUCGCCCCGCUGGCUUACCAGCCACGGUCGCCAGGAGGAAGCGCACCGCAUUCUCGCUCGCUACCACGCCAACGGUGACAUGAACGACGAGCUGGUCCUGUAUGAGAUGAAGGAGAUCUCGGCGGCGCUUGAGAUCGGUGCCGCGUCCAAGGACGUCUCUUACGGCGCCUUCAUCGCCACCAAGGGCAUGCGCCACCGUCUCCUUAUCUUGAUCACCUGUGGUUUCGGUUCGCAGAUGGUCGGUAACGGCAUUAUCACUUUCUACAUCGUCCCAAUCCUUACUUCAGUCGGCAUCACCUCGGGCACCGACCAGGCCAUCUACAACGCGUGCUUGCAGAUCUGGAACUGGCUCUCAGCGGUCGCCGGUGCUCUCGCAUGCGAGCGCUUUGGUCGUCGCCCCCUGUGGCUUACUUCCAUCGCCGGCCAGUUUGUGUCCUACGCCAUCAUCACUGCCUGUUCGGCUGUGUACGAGGAGCAGGGUAAUGAGAGCGCGGGUUUCGCUGUCCUUGCCUUCCUUUACAUCUACUUCUUCUUCUACGCCAUUGCCUUCACCGGCCUCACCUUUGCGUACCCUCUCGAGAUCCUGCCCUUCGAAAUGCGUGCCAAAGGCUUCUCCAUCAUGCUCAUCUGUUCCAUCUCCGGUGUCAUUUUCAACACUUUUGUUAAUCCCAUUGCCAUGGCAGCCAUCGCGUGGAAGUACUACUUCGUGUGGAUUGGUUGCAUCACUGUCGUCGCCGUCAUCAUGUACUUCUACUACCCGGAGACCAAGGGCCUCAUCCUCGAGGAGAUCUCUCGAAUCUUCGACGGCCCGCAGACCGGCAAGGACAUAAUCGCCGCCAGUGGACCUAGCGCCGACACCGAUGAGGCCAAGGAGAAGGAGGAGGCCGCCGCCGGUCGCCUCGACGACAACAUUGCUCAGCUCCACUUCCAGAGUAGCAACCAGGAGGUUUGA